CAUCUUCUUUCCUAGGCCCAGGGGAUGGUUUUUGUUUUGUUUUUGCGUCAGUACUCAGUCGUCUUCGACGCAAGGGGAAUCGGGAAUACAGGAUGCGGCUCUCCUUCCCCCUUGUCGCCGGCGCCGUCGUGAUCGGAGUGAUUUCUGGGAAUGUUAUAUUUGGGCCACCACUUCAGAAAUACUGGGCAGAGAAGCAGCAGCAAGAGGCAGCAAAAGAAGGCCAGACUGGUUCGACCUGACAUAAGUAUCCUCCUCUUCUGCAGUUUACAAUGAUGAUGCCCAUACAAAUGUGUACUCCUUGAUCCUCAGCUAGCAUCACUUUUUGUUAGCACUGGUUACAUUAGUUGCCCUAGUUUUGUGCUGGAAGAAGACAUCGUGCAACGCACAGACUGAUUUGAAAUCCACUCUUUUUGCAUACCUUCUUAUGCGGGUUGAUCUCGUAACUAUUAGAUGUCAAGAUCACAUGGUUGUAUACUUGUAUGUCCUGGUAUCUGUGGAUUUUACUUUUUAAAACACCUGUGGAUUUUACUUGCCUCUAUAUCGUGGCUUCUGAAUUUUGCUGGGCCGACCGUUCCUCUGAGUUCCGGCCCAAAUCAGCAUUCUUGGAAUGCGACUCGGCCCUUUCCAGUACAACCUCCACCGCUUUCUGAACACGAAGUCGAAAGGACGCGAUAUUGCAGAACCUCCCUCCCCGCGCGCAUUCACCAGCCCUAGCCGCCUAUUUUUUUUCCCGCUAAAACAAGAACCUUUGCCUCCUCCGGCGACUCGCCGGAUACCUGAACCUGGAGUGAAGCUCCCGCACAGGAUGCCGAGGAAAGCAAAACCCGCCGCCAAAGCCACCGCGGCCGUCGCCGCCGCCACCGGCGUGCAGUACUGGCUUCUGAAGACGGAGCCGGGCGAGUGGUCGUGGUCCGACCAGGCGCGGGCCCCGGGCGGCGUCGCGCCGUGGGACGGCGUCCGCAACCGCCAGGCCAUCAACAGCCUCCGCGCCAUGCGGCCGGGUGACCGUUGCCUGUUCUACCACUCCGGCGCCGGCGCCGCCUCCCGUCGCGUCGUCGGCGUCGUGGAGGUCGUCCGGCCCUGGUACGAGGGCGAGGGCGAUGGCGAGGGCAAGGAGGCGGCGGCCGGUGGCGCCGUGGACGUGCGGGCGGUCGGGGAGUUCCGGAACCCCGUCCCUCUCGGUGACAUCAAGAAGGCCGCGGGCGAGGUAGAGGGGAUGAAGGACUUCGCGCUGCUCCGGCAGGCGCGGCUAUCGGUGAUGCCCGUGCCGGCGAAGAUCUGGGAUUGGAUUUGUGACGCGGGAGGGGGCUUCGUGCAAGUCGGCGAGGUCGAGGAAGAAGAGGAUUGAUGCUGCAAAUGUGAAGAACCAAGUUGCUCCUGGUACCGGGUGACAUGAGCAACUGGAAGGAGGCAUUUUGUGGAGUCCUUUUGGCCUGCAAGGGUUGCGAGUUCUGAAGAGGCAUUCAUGUUUCUUCAGUGUUUGCCAUCUCGGCACAGAAGUGCCCAACAAGAAUGUAGUUACUAGUUGAUUUAUGUAAGUUCAAUGGCCGAUGUAGCUAGUGUAGCUUGGACCUAUGAAGUACUCGAGCUGUGCGUUAGCUUGUGACUCGCAUUACUGGAUAAUCUACUUGCUGCUCUUAUGGACAGUCUGAUGCAGUCCACUGAAGUUUCAGUCAGGUUGUUCGUAUUAUGCUAUCGAAUAUCGUUAAUUGACACUCUAUUGGUAAUUAUAUUACCAUAGAGCGCACACUAUGAACUGCAGGUGGCAUAUUGAUCUA